GUAAAUCAAUGACCGACGUAUACUCAUUAAGAAAGUUCUCAUUUAGGUUUGAGGCUCAGCGUAAAGACAGACAAGUUGACGUAGCUUAACAUCUGGUGAGACUUUCAAAAUAAAGAAACCAGUGGACAUAAUUUGCCCAUGAUUAAACAGAAAAGGUUAAUGUGUAUUAUGUUAAUGUUCUCAAUUAGUCUAUGCAAAAAUACAUAAAAUGUUGUUCUGUCAAAAUGAACGAGCUGUCUUCAAGAAGAACUACAACUCCCACAUAUCGAGUCGGCCCAGUGUCCCAUUUAGUCCUUUUUAUAUGAGCUGUUUAGGAGGACGUCUGCUGCUCGCUCUACAGCAUUUUUGACUGAGCACUCAGGAUCCACCUGAGUCUUGAGGUCAGAGGUCACAGCGCCAUGGGAACCAGGAGGGUGCUAAUAACAGGAUGCUCCUCUGGCAUUGGCUUAGCUGUAGCUGCGCGUCUAGCCAAGGAUGAGCUAAGACGGUUUAAAGUGGUAGCCACGAUGAGGGACCUCGAGAAACGGGGGCCCUUGGAAAAAGCAGCAGGUGUCUCCCUAAACAAAACCCUGGAGAUCAAACAGCUGGAUGCCUGUUGUGAAGCCUCCAUCAGAGAUUGUGUCAACAGCCUGCCAGACAGACGGGUGGAUGUUCUUGUGAACAAUGCUGGGGUUGGAAUGAUUGGACCUCUGGAGUGCCAAAGUAUCCCUGACAUGAAGGAGCUCUUCGACACAAACUUCUUUGGCCUGGCACGGCUGGUGAAGGAGUUGCUUCCUGACAUGAAGCGCAGGAAGAGCGGCCAUAUUGUGGUGAUGAGCAGUGUCAUGGGAAUUCAGGGGCUGCUUUUCAAUGAUGUUUACUCCGCCUCCAAAUUUGCUGUGGAAGGAUUCUGUGAAAGUCUGGCAGUACAAGCGAUGAAGUUUAACAUCAAGACGACUCUAGUGGAGCCUGGCCCUGUAGUGACAGAGUUUGAAAGGAAAGUGUAUGAGGAUGCCGAAAAGAUGGACCUAACAGGGGCAGACGAGGAAACUGCCAAAAUCUUCCGUGAAGUCUACCUCCCGUACUCCAAAAAGAUUUUUGCCUCACUAGGCCAGACACCUGAGGAAGUGGCGGAGCAAACUCUUAAAGUGAUAACAGCCAAGGAGCCCCCUCUGCGUCAUCAGACCAACCGCCUCUACAUGCCCCUGACAGCCCUGAAGCAUGCAGACCCAACUGGCCGUCUGCCUCUGGACACCUUCUAUAAGAUGACCUUUAAUCAUGACCGAGUGUUCAGUGCUUCUCUUGGAGUGCUGCGCCUACUGCAAGGGAAAUCAAAGAAGAUAUAAAGAUUUCACUGUCAAGUUUCACAGACUAUAAAUGCUGAUAGCUACGUAUUGUCACAAUUUUUAGGUACACUGUUGGACUGUAAAGUAACAGACAUUUCCCCCCGGAAGGCAGAGAUCUUUGUACAAACAAAAUAAUCUGGUCUGUGCAGAGAAGAAAAUAAAAAAAUUGAUUUGAAAAGAUAA